AUGUCCUGGAUUAGAUCAUUUGGAGCCAGUUCUUCACUCUUCAACAGUACCUUCAAGGGUAUCACGUUCAAUGAUCAGAGGGAACCAAGUUCGGAAAAUGUCUUCAAAACUUACUUCCAAAACUUCAAAGAAUAUAAAUUUAAGAAUACUUUGAAAAGUAAAGCCCUGGACGCUAAGUCAAUAAAUGGAUUUGUUUCCGAAAGAUUGUUACCUUUGCUGAGCGUAGCACACUGCUCUGAACAAAAACAAGAGUCUAAAGAAGAACAACAACACCAACAACAAUCACCGUUCGACCUGCUAGUAUAUGAGAACUUGGCGCGCGAGUACAAAAAUGUUAUUACGCAGGACAACUAUGAUGGAUUUAGACUGGAAGCAGAUAGGCAGCUGACCAAAAACUUGCAAGCAAGUCACUCACUUUAUCUAGGAACACUGCUGAAGGACGUGGGAUAUAUAUACCAGAUAGGAGCAAACUAUGCAAGCGAUGACGGGAAGAAGUUCCUAAUGUUCAAGGUGGGAUUGGACGGAAAUAUCGCCCUGAAAGCCUUUGCAAAGUUGGGAGAUCGACUGGAACUUAAGGCGGUCACAAAUUCACGACUUAAAAUUGAUAAUCAAAGCACUUUUGAAGUGGGAGCCGAUUAUCUAUCAGACUACUGGACUGCCACAUUAAAGUGUUGUUGGCAAGGAACCUUUAUAUGGAAUAUCUGUUAUACGCACCAGAUCCUGCCCUGUUUUACAGUUGGUUCUGAAGUCACAUACAUUGAUGCCAACGGAGCAUCUAUCGGUUCACUGUCUGCAAGAUACGUCAGGGGUGACAACAUUUUUACCUGCCAACUUACCAGACAGCCUGACUUCAAGCGCAUGGAUUUUUCGAAAAAGGAAAUCAACUGCGCCAGAGUACAAUACACCAGAAAGGUAAACGAUCGAUUAUCUCUGGCCACUGAGCUUGAGUUAUCGCCUUCAAUCAAAGAGUCUGCACUUAGAGUGGGCUGGGAGUAUUUGUUUAGGCACGCUAGGGUCCAGGGUAACAUUGACAGCUGCGGCAGGAUCGCCAUGCAAACUCAGGAUUACAAUGGUUUCGGUGUUAGUGGAUGCAUUGAUUAUUGGAACAACAUUUACCGAUUCGGCUUCAUGAUGCAUCUUCUGCCUCAGCCCGAACAAAACCAAGAAACACCGCAGCCAACAUAA